UGCCCUGCAGGAAUCACAACAAUUUGCAACAGUUGUUGUCGCCACAGAACAUAAAUCUGCAUUUGUUUAUCAACUCAAGGGACAACAAUCUAGAUUGAAGCCCGUACGAAAAAGAGACUCUGAAAAGGUUAAAGAACUGCAAAUCCACACGGCCACAGCAUGGCAGCAGCAGCCACAGUCAGCAGUCACUCGGUGGCGGAGGCGAACGAGGGCAAAGCGGAUCUGGUGUGCGAGGAGUGCGAUUAUUACGGCUCCACGGCCACGAUACUUAUCGAUAGCAGCACUCAAACGGACGGCGAUGAGGGGGAGGAAGAGGAGGAGGAGGAGGAGGACGAUGGUGAAGCGGUGGUGAAGCCCGUUAGGACCAAAUUGGCGCAAAUUGUGGAGGAGGCCGAGGCGGAAGCGGAGACCGAGGCGGACACACCAGCCACCAAUGGCAUGCGAAAUAUCGAUAGCGAUAGUGUUCGUUGCCCUCCACAUGAUAGUAAUGGCAUCGAUAACGAUAACAGCCUAGAUAUCGAAACAAAUAGCGUGAUUGGUGAGGGCCAUGCCUUGGAGGAAGCCGAAGAGGAGCACAUUCCAAAACCCAGUGAAGAUCGGCUGGAAGAUAUGGAAGCCGAAGAGGAAGUGGAACAGGAAGAAGCACAGGAAGAAGAGCAGGAAGAAGGGCAGGUGGAGGAGCUGGAGCUGGAGCUGGAAGAAGUCGAUGAAGACCAAGAUCAAAUCGAUAGCGUGGCCCGUCUCACAGGAAUUGCCCUAGAGAUGGGCUAUGCCCGCAUCAUAGACUACGAUAACUUUCGCAUCAUCGAACAUGUCAUCGAAAGCGAUGAUGAUGAUGAUGGGGAUGCGGAUGGGGAUGUGGCCCAAGGACCGGCUGCCAGUAGCUCGCAGGAACUGCAGCAGGCCUGCCACGAUUUGGUGACUUUCAUCGGUGAAAGUUAUCAGGUAAUCGAUAGGUCAGGCAAUCACGCCCACUACCAAUCGCCAGCCCUGGUGCCGAUAGUCGAUAACAACAACAAUAAUCGAGCAAGCAACGACAGCCGUGUGGCCCCAGCGACGGGUCGUAAGCCAUCGAAUGGAAUGGAUGGAACGGAGCAACUAAAUCAAAAUCCCUCCACAAGCAGCACAGCCGCUGUGGCAGCAGGGGCCGGGCCCACCAGCAGCACCAGCAGUGCCUUGAUUAAGGCAUAUAAAUCGAACCUGACACCAUUGGCGCCGCCCUUUCAGCCAGCCGCAUUGAAGGCCAAGCAGCAAUCGGCUGCAGGGGGCAACACCACCAGCACCAGCAACAUGUCACUUGCAACGACAACCACAUCGCAGAGCAGCUCCAGCACCAGCACGCUGUAUGCGGCUUACGAGCAGACAACGGUCUACUAUCAGCAGCAAAUGAUGCAGCAGCAGCUGCAGCUCCCACUCUUGCAGCAGCAACAGUUGUCCCCCAAGCAGCAGCAACAGCAACAGCAACAACAUUGUGCUCAACAUGGUGGCAUGCCGCACAUUCAUUUGCCAGCGGGCACGGGAAACGGCGCCCAAUUGCUGCCCGUGCAAUUGAUUACCUUGACGCCGACAGCAGGAGGCGCUGCAACGGCAGCAACAGUAGGAGCCACCGCCCCCACAGUGGCUGCAACAGUCGCUGCCGGGGCAUCAGCGGUGGCAGCAGCAGCUCCGACAGCGGCAACAUCUUUGACUGGCGCCGCUUGGCCACUUGUGGAGGCGCCAAUUUACAUAGACAUCAAUGGGGAAUAUCGUAGCUUUUGCCCGGCACACGGACCACCAGCAGGGACGGGGCCAAAUGGCGCCAUAGCCCAUCACCAUCAUCAUGGCCAUGCCCAUGCCCAUGCCCAUGCCCAUGCCCAUCCGCACGCACAUCAUCCCCAUGCCCAUGUCCAUGGCCAGGCCCAUGCCCAUCAUUCCCAUUCCCAUCUGGCACAGCAGCAACAGCAGCAACAGCAACAGCAACAUCUUCAUCAUCAGCAGCAGCAGCUUCAUCAUCAUCAUCAGCAACAUGGCCAACAUCAGCAACAUUCGGCGGCAGUGGCCGCUGUGACAAAUGCAGCAGCCUCAGCGCCUCGUUUGUUGCUGCAACUGGACGUUGCAACUGUCCAGCAACAGCAGCAGCAGCAACAACAACAGCAACAGCAACAAAUCGUUGCCGCUGGCAAACGCAGCAAAGUUUAUCGAGGGUAUCAGCAGAGCAACUUCCACAGCAGCUGUAAGAUGAGCUCUGCCACAGAACCCAAUACCAAGACCAAGACCAAGACCAAGACUAAGACCAUUUGCCCAUUGCUCCUUUCUGCUUAG